CAUAUACCUUAUUAUUAAGAUCAGGGAGGAGGCACAGGGUAACACCCAUUCUCAGUUUAGUUCCUGUCCUCCAGGGGGUGCAGUUUCCUAAGGCAGGCUCAUUUCCUGUGUGAUUUGUAUCUGAAAGGAACUCAUCCUUUCUCUGAGCUAACAAUUCUUCAUGCUAAACAUCAAGACCAUUUUCUAGAUGACACUAAAGAUGGACAUUUCUCCAGGCUUUGUGACUGCAAUACUCCUCAUAUUUGGAAGGACCCGUGGAGACUCUGUGACUCAAACAGAAGAUCAAAUGGUCAUCUCAGAAGGCAGGUUCCUGACAAUAAACUGCACAUAUAUACUCACAAACGUAGUGUCCCCUGCUCUUUUCUGGUAUGUUCAAUAUCCUGGAGAAAGUCUACAGUUCCUUCUGAAAGUCAUUACGGCUGGUGCAAAAGGAAGCAGCAGAGGUUUUGAAGCUACUUAUGAUAAAGGAUCCAGCUCUUUCCACUUGCAGAAAGCCUCAGUUCAAGAAUCUGACUCAGCUGUGUACUACUGCGCUCUGAGUGACACAGUGGCAGAAACUGCAGAGGGAGCAGAGCACAAACUAAAAUGCACAGUGAAAAGGUUGAGCAAGUCCAGCUCUGGCCCCAAGGUGGCAGUGCUUGCAUUGGUCCUGUCAUCAGAAGCUGAUGUGUGUAUCAGGUCUUUGAUUGGCUGGUCGUAUUUCCUGAGUGUUCCUGUGUGUUACAAGAAAGAGCUGAUGAAACAGGCAGCAGCUGUGGGGGCAGAUUUCUACAAAACAGCAAUGGAAAAGCCCCUGAGUGCCUGCUGGGUUGCUUUAUGGCUGUAUUUUCAGUGGGUUGCUGGCAAGACCCAAGUGGAGCAGAGUCCCAAGUCCCUGGUUGUCCUGCAAGGAGAGAACUGCACCUUUCAUUGCAACUACACUGUGAGCCCUGCUUACAACUUAAGGUGGUACAGACAAGACACAGGCAGAGGUCUUGUGUCCCUGGCAGUCAUGACUUAUAUAGAGAAUGAAAAGUCAAAUGGAAGAUACUCAGCAAUUCUGAAUGCAGAUGCUAAGCACAGCACCCUGAACAUCACAGCCGCCCAGCUGGAGGACACUGCCUUCUACAUCUGUGUGGUCGGUGCACCGUGCUUCACAGGUACUUACAGCCAGUACCAAAACCUGCUCCUGGAGGCUUCAAGGAGGUGUAGGUGGCAGAGCAGUCUUCUUAACACUGUACUAGAGAGCUGA